AGUUAUGCUAGAACCGCAGUCCCACGAGAUUUUAUGGAUUAUUAUAGUAGGUUUCAUUAUCGCAUUCUUUUUGGCAUUUGGAGUUGGCGCUAACGAUGUGGCAAAUUCAUUCGGAACAUCUGUCGGAUCUAAAGUACUUACUCUUCGCCAAGCUUGUAUACUUGCAACGAUUUUUGAAAUAUUAGGAGCUGUUCUAAUGGGGUAUAAAGUUUCUGAUACAGUGAGAAAAGAUAUUUUUGAUGUAAACAUGUUUGCUAAUAACGAAAAAGAAUUAAUGCUUGGAAAUUUAGCAGCUUUGUCUGGUAGCGCCAUUUGGAAUAUUAUAGCCACGUUUUUUCGUCUUCCAAUUUCCGGGACCCAUAGUAUUGUAGGAGCAGUAGUAGGAUUUACCUUAGUUUCCAGAGGUUUUUAUGGAGUGCAAUGGCGAUCGAUUGGAAUGAUUGUGGCUUCCUGGUUCCUUUCGCCCGUGCUCUCUGGAAUUUUUUCCACCGCUAUCUUUUUGGGAAUACAAUUUUUCAUCCUGAAAAAGAGUGAUCAAUUAGAACCUGGACUCAGAUCAUUACCAUUCUUUUAUGGAUUUACAAUUUUAAUUAAUAUUUUUUCUAUUGUUCAUGAUGGUCCAUCAAUGUUAAAAUUUGAUGAAGUACCAUGGUGGGGUGUCUUGAUAUUAUCAGUUGGAUUAGGAUUUCUUACUGGUCUCUCUGUAUUUUGUUUUCUUGUACCUUAUCAAAGAAAAACAAUUACAGGUAAAUACAAUAACAAAGAAAGUGAUGAAAAUAAAAAUUCAUUAGAUGAUCGGCCAGAAACAUUCAGAAUUUUUUCAUAUUUACAAAUUUUGACUGCAGUAUUUGGUUCGUUUGCUCAUGGAGGAAAUGAUGUCAGUAAUGCAAUUGGGCCACUUAUAGCAAUGUGGAUGAUAUUCAUGGAUGGUAAUGUAUAUCAAGAAGGUGAAACCCCUUUCUAUAUACUUUUAUAUGGUGGCUUAGGAAUUACUGUUGGUUUAUGGGUUUGGGGUCAAAAAGUAAUACAAACUUUAGGAGAAGAUCUUACUAAAAUAACACCAUCAAGUGGUUUUACAAUUGAAAUUGGAGCAGCUUCAACAGUGCUUUUAGCUUCAAAACUUGGUUUACCGAUCAGCACAACUCACUGUAAAGUUGGAUCUGUAGUUUUUGUUGGCUGGACACGUUCCCGGCAAGGUGUAGACUGGAGUCUGUUUCGUAACAUCGUACUAGCCUGGAUUUUAACACUUCCCAUAACUGGUGGAAUAGCAGCCAUUCUUAUGGCCAUUUUUAAUGCAACGCUUGUCUAAAUUGAUAAAACAAACUUAAUAUUAUCAUUCCGAAAAGUAAAAACUCUGUUAUACAGCUUGACGUAACAAGGCAAUGCAGCUACAAAAUUACAUAAUGUGAAAAGAAUUAUAUUUUUGAGUAAUGAUGAUCAAAUGUAUUAUAAUCAUACACAUAUGCAUAUAAUAUAAAAUAUUUGUAUAUUGUCUGAAUUAACCAGAUUUUUAUAAAUAUUGGAAUGUUAUCUAUUUAUUUUGGAAUAGUAUUUUUAGUUGCAGAGAUAAUACAGUCAACCCUCAAUUUUAUAUUUUUCUCAGAAAAAAACAAUAACAAAUAAUCUUGAAAUUUAAAGGUUGUGAGAAGUAAUGUCAGUUAUUAUUAGUUAUGUUAAAGAAAUCAAUAUAUCUAGUUUAUGAUAUUAACAGUCACUGAAAUUUAAUUACAAUAAUUUAAUUACUAAUUCAAUAUAAAUACUUAUUUUUUUUUUAUAAAGAUAAGUAUUAAAUUAAAUUAAGUAGUAAAUUAAGUUAUAUUAUAUGAAAUAAAAGAAGUUGUCUAAUAUUAAAUAUUCCUAAGACAAAUUCAAUAGAACUACUUAUUUGAAUAGAAGAACAUUUUAUCAAAGUCAUUGUUUUCAUAUUAUUUUUAAUCCAUUUUCAAAAUUAAUUUCAAAUACAAGAUAAAAUUCACACAAAAAGAAAUGUUUUAAGUAAAUUUGAAGUUAAAUUGGAUAU